AUGGCUCGCACUAAGCAGACCGCCCGAAAGUCCACUGGUGGCAAGGCCCCUCGCAAGCAGCUCGCUUCCAAGGCUGCUCGCAAGUCCGCCCCCUCUACCGGAGGUGUCAAGAAGCCUCACCGCUACAAGCCCGGUACCGUCGCUCUCCGUGAGAUUCGACGCUACCAGAAGUCCACUGAGCUUCUCAUCCGAAAGCUUCCCUUCCAGCGUCUCGUCCGCGAGAUUGCUCAGGACUUCAAGUCUGAUCUCCGAUUCCAGUCUUCCGCCAUCGGUGCUCUUCAGGAGUCCGUCGAGUCUUACCUCGUCUCUCUCUUCGAGGACACCAACCUGUGCGCCAUCCACGCCAAGCGUGUUACUAUCCAGUCCAAGGAUAUUCAGCUCGCCCGCCGCCUCCGUGGUGAGCGCAACUAA